CAAAUUCUCUUUUGGCCUCUUGCCGCUCUAGUGGUUCGGGGAAACCCUCUGUGUGCGAAGCCGGGACAGGCGGCCAGCUCCAUAUCAGCAGCCUGGAGAUCAACGUGGGACCCCUUCGGUGACGUUGACCAUAUCAUUCAUACCCAUAGUACAGAACAUUUAUAGCACCUAACUGGCACCUGUUGCAUUUAUGGCAUAGACGACGUCAUAACCCACCUUGUCUGCUUGCAACUCGAGCUACCGCGAUAAGAGGUUUUGUCAAUGAAGUGUCAUGGUCUAGUAAAGAUGGCGCUAGGACGUGAUUUCUCAUUCACUGAACCUUGGAAGCGCCAAUUGGCUUCUGAUGCCGUUAUCUCGUUUCAAUCAUUCUUAGGCCAUAAGAUUCCGACUGCCGCUACUACUACUCUGUUCAGUCAACCCACUUUCGCCGGCACGUCUUCUAAAUAUCUUAGCACUUCAAGGUGGGGCCCAUGGUGGGGCCCAUGGUUCGUCUUUCGAUAUUGAGUAUCUGAUGGCACACGACGAUAGCAAUUGUUGGAAGGAUGCAUUUGACAUUCAGAAAAGCGACCCGAUUCCCGAUGCGGACUUCGCACGCCCAGGACGAGCCGAGAUCCCUCGAAAUUCAUACAACAGUACUUAAGUCCUUUGCGUAUACUUCGGUCUCGCACGGCUCCAUUGUCCUCGAGCCAUAGCGACGCCUCUUCACGAUGCCUGGUCUGGCUGCUCUUCGUUUCUUGUCUGCACUUGCUUUGGUAGUAGCAGAG